GGUGUUUUCCAAUAAAAUGGAUUUCGUCAGAAAACCGCCGGCUGCCGCUGCCGGUGGGACGCGGGUGGGGAGCCCGCCGCCUUGCCUGCCACACGCAGCAGCGACCGCGGCAUCUCCCCGCGCUGCCACCAACCCGGACGGCACGGUUGGGCCCCCGCCGCCGCGCCGGGCGAGGGGCCGCGCCGUGCCAGCCCGCCCCCUAGGGACACGGCCGCGGCCAGGGAUUCACCGUGACCCGAAGCAGCCCGUCUCUAAACCCCCCCGCCGCCGGAGCGCCGGGAACGGCGAUCUCUCUGCCUUCGAGGGAAGCGGGCAGCCCGGGCAGGCGGACCCCCAGGCGCCUCGGACGCGGAGGGGGCGGCCCGGGGCCGUGACCGAACGCGCCCCCGGGGCCCGGAGGAGCGAUAGAAACGUAUUUUCCCUGGCACUCACUGUGAACAGUAGAAGUCUUGCCUGAAAUGAGGAAUGGUCAGUAUCCAACCAGUGUAAGUUUUAGUUCAAAUGUUUUGGAGUCACAUUCCUUAUUUUUAUCAUUUGAUGCUAUAUUCAUUUUUUGGCCUUGCUCUACAAUAUAUAUAUACAUGUACACACACAUCUAUAUACAAGUGGAAGUAAAACUGUAGGUUACAGAAGUCUGACCUUGCAUUUAAUAAACAUGUGAAAUUGUGAAGAAAAGCCCGUAGGUAGCUGGGAUGUGAAAGAAAUGGAGAACCAGGACCCUGGAACCGGCAAUGCAGAGAGCAUUUUCUAGAAAGAAAAAGUAUGUCCCACUGUCCCUCCAGUUUCUGGCAAAUAAUUUUUCAUUCAGCAUCAAACUGAGAGAUAAAAUAGUAAUUAUUCUUGCUGUAAGUAAUGAUACAUCUCAGAAUAGGGAACCAAACUUCUGUGCCUUGUUGCUUUUCCUUUCACUUCCUCAGACCAAAUGAAUUGUAUUAUACUGGGGAGCAAAAUGCUGCAAGUUUCCAUUUUAAAAAUUAUGGAAAGUAAAGUAAAUAGAAAGAAAGCGCAUGUUCCUUUUUGUUGUAUUGUUAUGGAGGUUAUAACUAGGGUUGUUUUCUUACAGCUUUAAGCUGAGUUGUUAUGAGCAGUUAUUCUUAUGGAGUCGGUAUGGAUCAGAUCCAAAGUUGUUCAAGCAAAUAGGGAGAUUUCCAGCAAAUUCAGUGUCCUUUUGAUCGGGCCCUUAAUCUUCUAGAAAAUGGUGAGCUUAAUGGGACUAUUGUGUACGUGGUGCUGAUGGUGUAUGGAGCUCACUUUUGUGCCUAAAUGAGAAGAAGAUGGAGAUUUACUAACUGGUUGUCUGUAAGUAUUGUUUUACUUCAUUGUCAUUCUAUUCCCUUUCCAGCUGUUUUUGUAUAUAAAAAAGUUCAAGUAAAUCCUCUUUAAAAGGUCUGCUUUUGUGUUAAGGUACUUAAAGUUUAAUGUCUGUGUGUCAAAGAGCUUUUAUGAAAGAAGAUUUGUCCAGGCAUAUCCUGUAAUAAACAUCUGGAAACUGCAGGGGUUGGCUAAUGGUGCCUAUAUAGCAAGAAUACAGUUUAACUAGCUGGCUUUACAUGAGGAUUAAUUUCCUCCCUUGUUUUUGUAUUUGGUUUUGGUGGGUUUCUUUUUUUUUUUUUUUUUUUAAUCUUCUCAAUUGACUUGUUUAUUUUGUAAUCUGAAUAUUUAUGUCCUAUCAUGGUUAAA